AAGAUCUACUCACCAUCAGAAAAUAUGUCACUACAGAUGAUAACAGUUGGUAAUAACAUAGCCUUAAUUCAACCAGGCUUCUCACUGAUGAACUUUGAUGGGCAGGUUUUCUUCUUCGGCCAAAAAGGCUGGCCCAAAAGGUCCUGCCCCACUGGAGUUUUCCAUUUCGAUGUAAAGCAUAACCACCUCAAACUGAAGCCUACAGCUUUCUCUAAGGAUUCUUGCUACCUUCCUCCUCUUCGCUACCCAGCCACUUGCACAUUCAAAGGCAGCUUAGAGUCUGAAAAGCAUCAAUAUAUCAUCCAUGGAGGGAAAACACCAAACAAUGAGCUUUCAGAUAAGAUUUAUGUCAUGUCUGUCAUUUGCAAGAACAACAAAAAAGUUACCUUUCGCUGCACGGAGAGGGACUUGGUAGGAGAUGUUCCUGAAGCCAGAUAUGGUCAUUCCAUUGAUGUGGUGUAUAGUCGAGGGAAAAGUAUGGGUGUUCUCUUUGGAGGACGGUCAUACAUUCCUUCUGCCCAAAGAACCACAGAAAAAUGGAAUAGCGUAGCUGACUGCCUGCCCCGUGUUUUCUUGGUGGAUUUUGACUUUGGGUGCUCUACAUCGUACAUUCUUCCAGAGCUUCAGGAUGGGCUAUCUUUUCAUGUCUCCAUUGCCAGAAAUGAUACCAUUUAUAUUUUAGGAGGACAUUCACUUGCCAAUAACAUCCGCCCUGCCAACCUGUACAGAAUAAGGGUUGAUCUCCCCCUGGGUAGCCCAGCAGUGAAUUGCUCAGUCUUGCCAGGAGGAAUCUCUGUCUCGAGCGCAAUCCUGACUCAAAUAAAUGAUGAUGAAUUUGUUAUUGUUGGUGGCUAUCAGUUUGAAAAUCAAAAAAGAAUGGUCUGCAACAUUGUCUCUUUUGAGGACAACAAGAUAGAAAUUCGUGAGAUGGAGACCCCAGAUUGGACCCCAGAUAUUAAGCACAGCAAGAUAUGGUUUGGAAGCAACAUGGGAAAUGGAACCGUUUUCCUCGGCAUACCGGGAGACAAUAAACAGGCUCUUUCAGAAGCAUUCUAUUUCUACAUGUUGAAAUGUGCUGAAGACGAUGUGAAUGAAGAUCAGAAAACAUUCACAAACAGUCAGACAUCAACAGAAGACCCAGGGGACUCCACUCCCUUUGAAGACUCAGAAGAAUUUUGUUUCAGUGCAGAAGCAAAUAGUUUUGAUGGUGAUGAUGAAUUUGACACCUAUAAUGAAGAUGAUGAGGAAGAUGAGUCUGAGACGGGCUACUGGAUUACAUGCUGCCCUACUUGUGAUGUCGAUAUCAACACUUGGGUACCAUUCUAUUCAACUGAGCUCAACAAACCUGCCAUGAUCCUCUGCUCUCAUGGAGAUGGGCACUGGGUCCAUGCCCAGUGUAUGGAUCUGGCAGAACGCACGCUCAUCCAUCUAUCAGAAGGAAGCAACAAGUAUUACUGCAAUGAGCACGUGGAGAUAGCAAGAGCACUGCAAACCCCCAAAAAAGUCCUACCCUUAAAAAAGCCCCCACUGAAACCCCUCCACAAAAAAGGUUCUGGGAAAAUUUUGACUCCUGCCAAGAAAUCCUUUCUUAGAAGGUUGUUUGAUUAGUUUCACAAAAGUCUUUUAGAUUCAAGUGCAUCAAAUUUUUAAAUCUAUUUUAAAGAAUCAUGACAAUAAUAAAAAUUAUAUUCCUAUUUUUGUUUAUUGAAAAUAUCUAUGUUUUCUUUUAUUUAUAAUAAUUAAGUGCCAGCAAAAGGUACUUAUAAUACAAUGCUAAAUAUCUGAAAAUAUUUUACUCACAGGUAUCUUAAAUGAGAAUUUCUGAUCUGAAUUUGUUCAUUCAAGGAAUCUUAAAUACAGAAGCAGUAAUAAUAAUAAAGUUAUACUUAUAUCCCUUAGAUGAUUUUGAUAACAAAUAAGCUAUAGAGUAGUUAAGACAAAAUUAAGCCAGUAAAGAAACAAACACCUAAAAGAAUUAAAUGAAUUAUUUCAUGCAAUAUAGUAAUUUGGUGGUUAGCUAAAAGUUAAAACUGAGAUCACCUGUAUCCACACUAGUGUUCUUUAUACACCUCUAAGUUGGCUGCAUGAUUAUGCCCAUGAAUCGAAGAAGUUCUUUAUAGCUUAUGUAAGAAGAUAGUUAGAUAGACAGACAGA